CCUCAUUACCGCGCGCAACUAGAAUAUCUCAGUGUCAAUGUCGCCGCAACCAGAUUCUAAAGCCCCCAUCCGACCAAGCCCUUAUAGCUAUACCGACGAGCAAUGGAAAGUGCACACCGUCCACCCACAGCGCCUUUAUUCCCGCAGUAAAGAAGAUGGAAGGCUUCGCCCCACUCGCCCAGCGCCGUGUCUCUUAAUAGGCAAUCCAGACAUUGGGCCGAGAACGGUAGCCGCGAAGGCCCGCGAAGCUGACACGGCGCUGUGGGCGAGCUGCAAGACCGUGGAGGAGUAUGAGGCGAAGCGGCGGGAGACGGACGCCGCCGCCGCACGCCGCGCCGUGGAAGCAGAACGGGUGACCUUCCAUCCGUUUUCGCGCCUGCCGGCCGAGCUGCGCUGUCAGAUUUGGGCAAUGGCCAUGGCGGACCACCCCACCCGAGUCUCGAUCACCUGCUCGGGGUAUACGCCGGCGCGACGGCCGCAGGGAAGAUCUUGUUUCUUGAUGCUGCAGGGCCGUCCGAGGAUCUAUGCGGCCACCGCGUUCAUGCCGCCGCUAAUGCUGGUCAACGGGGAGGCGCACGCCCUGGCCUCCCGCCACUACCGGCGGGCCUUUCGGGGCGUGCUGGGCGGCGGAGGCGUCCUCGCCGCCUAUCCGAGUAUUCUCACGAUCGAAAAGGCCAUGAUCCUCCUCCUGCCCAUGGAUCGUGCCGAGGACCUCAGACUGCUCACGGAGAUUGUGGUGAUUGUUUGCCCAGGUGCUGGGGAGCGGGUGGCGUUUUCCAGGAGGUGGUGGGAACGAUUCGAGAUUCUGCUGAGGAUGGCACCCCUGCGUCGCCUGGAACUUCGGCUGACAAGUUCGAUUCCACGCUACCGGGUGCGCGGGGUUAACGAGUACUUUGCAUCGCUAUUCUCUGAGAUACAAGCGGCGGAUACAGAGUGGGUUGCACCGGACCUGCAGGUGGGGCCUGUGCAUGAUGAAGAGAAGGCUAGAAAUGAUUCCGAUUCGUCUUCAGAGGACCUGUAUACCGAUGACGAUUAACGGACCGACGACUGACUUGCCCUAGCAUUAGCAGUAAUAUGAUGCACUCACUUAACGAUCCGAUGGAGAUGACGUCGUUCCCUUCGGCCGAUUUGCAUACCACUUGCACAAAUCUCAAGAUAAACACGCACCGAUUAUGUAGUUCUAGAUUGUGGAAUUGAUCUACUAUCUGCCCUCACAGUAAAAGCAAGCAUUCAUACAGACAAGAGUCAUAA